UGGCAUUUCCGUGAGCAACUCCUAACCGCACCCGCGCAUUCUACGUCACGCAGAGAAAGAAGAAAUUAAUUGUAUAAAUAAGCAGUUUUGCCUUUUCGAAAUACAUAUUUGCUUUAAGUCUAUUGCAGCUAUGAUAUUCUUUGCGGCUUUCUGUGCUUUCGCUACGGUUUUGGAAUUGGGAGAUGGAUUUGCAAGUGCCCAGGGUAUUGCUUGCUCUCCUCCAAAGUGUGACCCUCCUUGCACCAUGAACUACUCCACACAGCCAUGCCCCAGCUGUGAAUGCGAUGACAACCCACCACCCAUGAUCAUGUGCUCUCCACCAAAAUGCGAUUUUCCAUGCAAAAUGAAUUAUUCCACACAGCCCUGCCCAAGCUGCGAAUGCAACAAUGAGCAGUCCAGGGUGAGAUGCAGUCCACCUAGAUGCGAUGCCCCUUGUACAAUGAACUACAAGACGAAGCCAUGUCCGAGUUGCCAGUGCCCCAUGGUCCAGUGUUCCCUGCCUGAAUGCAAUUCACCCUGUGAAAUGAAUUUUAACUCCUCGCCAUGUCCAAGCUGUCGUUGUCCUGGUCAGAUGCCUGUGCAAUGUCCUGCACCAAAGUGCAUGCCUGGCACUUCUCUCUUCUAUGUCCCAUCGAGAGCAUGUCCAGUUUGUAAAAGAAGUGCUUGAAACUUCAAUCCUGUAAGAACUUCAUUAUCGGCAUGCAGAAAGCGAGAAGAAAGCUGGAAAUGGAUCUUGCAGGAUACAUGAUAUCGUUUGAAAUUUUUUUAAUAAAGCAUAUUUUUUCUUAAAAUCAUUACACAUUUCAUAUUUCUCUUUUUUUAUUCUUUUGCCGAAUUUUAAUAAACUUUUUCUAUGUGAAAAAUAAA